AUGUCUUUUUUGGCUACCGUUUUCGGUGGAGUUGCUCCAGUACAAAAAAGAGGUUUGGUUCAUUACGACUACGAUUCCUAUGAUUUACAAGGACAAAAUGGUCUCGAUGAUUAUUCUCAUGGAUACAAUUACGCUCAUUCACUUCCAGCUUAUUCCACGGUAAAAUUUUUUUUUUUUUAUAUAAAAUGUCGUUACGUGAGCUACGUCAUGCUCAACGGUUUUCACAAACCGGUCACUUAUUCUGGUUUCACAAGCCACGGAAGAGGACAUUACGAUCCAGGAUAUUCCGUACAAUUCCGUUCUGAAGGACAACUUCCGGAACAUCACGAACAUCACUAUUAA